AUGGAUCCUGACCCAGUCGUUGGCGCCGUUGAGGUGUCUCGACACGCCCCAAGAGUGUCUGACGAAGUUCACGACUCUUACGACCGACCCACGUUAACGACCUCUGCGCGGCAACGCCAGCCAACUGUUCAGCGACCUUCUUCCUCUUCUUCGGAUCACCAACGCCGACCCAGCACUUCUGACUCCCAGCGUCGAUUGCGCCGUGUUAGUCGCCAACCAGCGGAACCCCAAUCCCUUCAUCGUCGAGCUGUAUCCUUGGGCGCCCCGAGUUCACAGCCCACUCGUCCUCAGCCAGCGCACUCGCCCUCGGUCCCUGUACAACACGCCCCGACCAGUGGCAUUGCAGAGCUACGUCCCGCCCUUUCCGAAGCGCACACAGACGACAACGGGUCUACGAUCGACGACCCGUACCAGCUCCUCCAUACAUCAUACUGGCCGCAGCGAACCACCCGAGUCUCGUCACGCACCGCGUCGGCAGUCCUUUUCGCCCUCGAAGAAGCCAUCCGUGGACCCCUUCAGCUUUCCACAGAUUGGGACGAGGUGAAUGCUUCUAUGUCAGACAUGGUAGGCGUCGCUGGCCCCGCUGGGCCCGUGGGCAAUGGCCGCGUUCAAAAUGGAGGAGCCCGUUUUCCUCAGAACCCUAUUUCAGGAACAUCACAACCACCCAGUGGUGUGAGGACACCUACAGAUAUAAUGAGGCAACGCCGGGACCGGGAAGCCCGCCGAAAAGCGGAACAGGAGGAAUUGGAACGACAACAUUUGGAGCAAGAACAACAGGCUCAGAAUGAGGCUCAGGCGCAAGCUCAACAGACAAAGGCUGAACAGUACACUGCCGGCGUUGCCGCCAACAACACCUCACAGUCGAGAAUUAGGGCCCCACGAGCAACAAGAGGCACCGAAGGACAGACCCAAAUUCCCGUCGCUUCGGGCCAAGCACCUGGUUACCGACCAGCAGCGGAUGCUGCCCCGAGUAGUCGACCAUUAGAAUACCAAACCGCACAACCCGCUACUGGGACUGCACCAUUGGCUAGCCAGCCACGACCGACACAGGCAACUGGCCAGCAGCCUCAGCACGGUCGCUUGCAGAGCGCCACAAAUAUUGGAGCUCAAACGAAACCGAGUGGUGUCUCCAAACCCGCCCAGACCACAUCCACAGGACAGAGCGGUGCACCUCAAGCUCUCCAGCAGCCAAAACGAGCUGGGUUCCCCCAUGCGUUUGAGCGAUGGGAGACCCUGUCUUCGCACUGGGAAGGUCUCACCAGCUAUUGGAUGCGCAAGCUGGAACAAAACAACGAGGACCUAGAGCGUGAUCCACUCAGCCAACAACUUGCUCGACAGAUCACAGACCUGUCUGCCGCUGGUGCUAAUCUGUUCCAUGCCGUUGUCGAACUGCAGCGGCUGCGAGCCUCCUCCGAACGCAAAUUCCAGCGCUGGUUCUUCGACACCCGCGCUGAGCAAGAACGCGCGAAGGAACAGCAAGCCGAGCUGGAACGCCAGCUCAAAGCGGAACGACAGGGCCGAGCCGAUGCCUUCGCUGCCGCCAAACAAUCCGAGAAGGACAAGGUCAAGGCCGAGGAGCUCCUCAAGGAGAUGCGCCGCGAACUCCAAAUCUCCAAGGAGGAAGCACGUCGUGCUUGGGAGGAGCUUGGACGUCGCGAGCAAGAGGAACGGGAUCGAACCAACUCCCUGCGCAAUGGAGAGCCCACACUUGUCGGCGGUGUCCAAGUUGUGCCUAUGGUCUCUGGCCUCCCGGGUCGUCACAACAGCACUCGUCCGCAAACUCGCGAAGGCCCAUACCACAGUGGACCAAAUACCACUGACGCCUACCAAGGUAAAUCCGCAGCACCAAGUGCAGGCGGACAAUACUACGGAGACGACAUGCCGAUGUCACCCACAGGCUCAGAUCCCUUCAUCGAGCCCAAGAAGGUCGACCCACCCGCCUCCAAAGCCCCUUACCCGGACACACUCUAUGAACACGAAAACAUGACUGUCCCCUACCACGAUCCCGCAAGCUCAGAGCCUGACGCGCGCUCCUAUGUCGGAAGCAGCGAAGCUGGAGACGAUGACUACGCCCACUACCCCCACGACGCGCAUAACCAGCCUUUCAGCUACCCGCCCGCGCCUCUCUCCGAGGGAAGCGAGGAGUACGAGCACUCCCCAGUAGAGGGCCACUACGACGGCGCCUACACCUCCGCCGCUUCCUCCGCCCCAUUGCAAGCACCAUACCCACCGGGCACUGCCGACUACACCGGCGCUGGCUGGGGCCCCGGAUGGGAAUCCAUGACACCGCGCCAUCGCCACCCGACGCGUCUGAGCGAUGUUCUCGAGGAAGACGAGCCUAGUCGCACAAGCCCCAGCCGCGCUAGUCUGGCUAGCCGCAGCCAGGCCAGUCGGACCAUUCUUUGA